AUGCCGCAACAGUCGGCAGUGAUCAGUCGGGCGGACGACUGGACAGGGGUCAGCGACCCUGUAACACGAAGGAGACUACAAAACCGCCUUGCUCAGAGAACUUACAGGAAGAAGCAACGUCAAGUUAGACACUUCGAGCAUCAACCCAGCAGCCAUCCGGAACAUGAAUCCCAAGACACUGACAGCAUAGUUUUGCAUCUCACAAGAUUUAUCGAGCAACAAUUCCCUCCAGGCCGGGGCUGUUUUCUUGCUCUCCCAGGAGCACAGGCCCGGCUGAUCCAAUUCGCUGGACAAGCAUAUCAAGACUACAUGUUAGCAUCACCGCGGCCCGCCGUGAUGCAAACGUUAGUUCAGCUCAAUGUGUUGAAUGCCCUCAACCGGAACGCGGCUGUCUUGGGCAUCACCAUGGCAUCGCUAUGCGCCGAAGACAGCGUUUCGCCUUUCAACCACAGCGGUCCACGCAAACCGGACGACCCUCUUCCACCCCCAAGUCUUCAGCCUACUGCGCUGCAAAUGUCUGUACACCAUCAUCCAUGGAUCGAUCUAUUCCCGCUCCCCGAGAUGAGGGACAGCUUCAUUCGCAUUUGUGGCAGUGCUGAGGAAGACGAAUUGUGUGUCGAUCUCGUUGAUGUCGAAGAAAAUGACCGCGAAAAGCCUAACUUAAUUGUCUGGGGUGAUCAUUCUGAUCCUCGGGCCUGGGAAGCUACUGUACCGUUUCUACGCAAGUGGGGUUGGGUUGUCCGGGAAUGCCGAGUACUGCUUGAUUCUACGAAUUAUUGGCGUGAAAAAAGAGGAGAGAAGCGGCUGAUUUUUCACGGACAGUCUGAUGCUUGA